GCUCAAAUUUCUCCAAGAGCGUAUCCCAAGAGAAAUCCUCGUGUUAGGCGCGACCGUCUUCGUCCCGCUCCUCGUUCAUCUUCCUUUGGGCCUUCGACCCUUUAGCGUUGAUGUUGCGACCAUCUUACCCCAAUGGGCAUGUCUACGAGCGGCCGUUAACCACUUUAGAAUUCGCGAUUCCUAAACUUCAAGGAUGUCAACCUUAUGCAUUGUAAGCCCGUCGACGUAUGGCACGGGGCGAUAAACCCGAAGCUCAUAUUGAGCUUUCUCUUUCCUCCUCUUUUCCCAUGCUAUUUCUUAUCUCAAGAGUUUGAUCCUCACAAAGGGCGCAUCAUCCACCACCAUUAUGGCCGUCAUUAUCCCCGUUGUUUCGGGACUGCUCGUGAUAUACACCCUCAAGAAGCUCUUCUUCGACCGUAGUACCACCAAACUGCCGCUCCCCCCAGGACCUCCGGGCCUCCCUCUUGUCGGAAACAUCAGCGAUCUACCACCGCCCGGAAAGCCCGAGUAUCAGCAUUGGCUAGAACACAGCGACCGCUAUGGGCCGAUCAGCUCUAUUACCGUCUUGGGGCAAACGAUAAUACUAAUUCAUGACAAGCACAUGGCGUUGGAGCUGAUGGAGAAGCGGGCGAGCAUGCAUUCCGGGAGACCUAAGAUGAAGUUUGCAUUCGACAUGAUCGGCUGGAUCAACGGCAUGGCCGGCUUGCAGUACAAUCAAACUCUGAAGCUGUACCGCAAGUAUGCGUACCAGCAACUCGGUUCCAAGGCAGCUGUUUCGAGAUACCACCCGCUCCUGGAGGCUGUGGUCGGUAGAUGUUUAUGGCGCAUGAAAAGGGAUAGAGGAACGAACUUGACCCAGCACCUCAAAACAGAAGCUGGCGAACUGAUUCUCAAGGUGGUGUACGGGUAUCGAAUCGAGCAGCACCGAAACGAUCCACUCGUAGACCUAGUAGACGAGGCCAUGGAGCAAUUCGGCGACGCCGCCACCACAGGAAAAUGGCUGGUCGACCUAUUUCCCUUCCUCGUAUAUGUACCGGAGUGGAUGCCGGGCGCGGAAUUUAAACGAACAGCGCGCAUAUGGAGGAAAACGCUACUAGACUGCGUGAACAUCCCCUACAACUACGUCAAGAAGCAAAGACUCCGCGGUGAUGAGAGCAGAGCGUCCUUCGUUUCGCAAUCGAUCGAGCAGGCGCAGAAUGAGAAGGCCUUCGGCCCCGCCGAAGAACAUGCGAUCAAAUGGGCAGCGGUUUCGCUUUACGCGGGCGGCGCAGACACCUCUGUCUCGUCGAUGGACUCGUUCUUUCUCGCCAUGAGCAUGUUUCCUGACGUGCAGCACAAGGCUCAAGAAGAGAUCGAUCGCGUAGUAGGCACAGCGCGAUUACCAUCGUUCAGUGACCGCGAACAUCUGCCGUACGUCAAUGCGAUCGUCGAAGAAGCACAACGAUGGCAUCCCAUAGCCCCCAUGGGUCUCCCGCAUGGGACGGAUAAGGAAGAUUCCAUAAACGGCUAUCGCAUUCCGAAGGGCUCCUUGCUUCUCCCCGCUGUUUGGUGGUUUACUCGCGACCCAACCGUGUACCACGACCCGGAAUCAUUCAAGCCUGAGCGAUACCUCGAACCGUACAAUGAGCCUUCGGCGACGAAUGUCACGUUCGGGUUUGGACGGCGCAUUUGUCCUGGGCGCGUGCUUGUUGAUACGUCGUUGUAUCUGACUUUUGCGCAGGCGCUUGCCGUCUUCGACAUCAGGAAGCCACUAGACGACAUUGGAAAGGAGAUUGAGCCCGUACAUAAGCUCCAGGGCGGCGUUAUCGCUCGGCCCGCGCCUUUCAAGGUGGUAAUAAGUCCAAGGAGCAAGAAACAUGAAGCUCUCGUCGAUGGAAUAGUGAAGAAGUAUCCGUGGGAAGAGAGCGAUGCGCAAAAUCUCGAAGGAAUCACUGUAUAAUCUAGCUUCAUCAUUCGUUCAAAGUAAAGAACAAUCUAUCGGAACAAUUUCACCUUGAUCAGAGAUAUGACAUCAUCCGAAUUCCGAACCUUCGGCAACUACUUUCCGAUACUUUCGUCA